AUGCCGGCCGAGCAGCAGGGUCCCCCGCCCAUGGAGGGAAACAAGCAGGUGGCGCCCAUAACGGACUUUACCCAGGGCUCGUUCCUGGGCGAUGUGCCGACGCGGGACGUGGACCUGCCCCUGACCAUCAUCUUCCUGAUACUGUUCGUGGCGGGCGCCGUGACGCACAUGUCCAUCUACCAGACCAACUCGAGGAGAGGCCACAAGUUCCUGUUGUCGGACGUCAUGUUUGACUUUUGCAUGGUCCGCGCCCUCAGCUGCGUGUUUCGUAUAGCCUGGAUCUUUCAGCCGGUCAAGGGGGUUGUCAUGAUGGCAAUCAUUCUCCAGACUGGAGGUGCCGCUGUUGCUGCCCUGCUCAACAUCUUCUUUGCCCAGCGGCUCCUCCGAUCCAUGCACCCCAAGGUAGGCUGGCACCCGGCGGUGGGACCCAUCACCACAUUCCUGGCGCUUUCGGUCCCGGCGGCCAUCAUCUGGCAGAUCACGCACAUGUUUGUCCUCUUCUUCACGUCGGUCGAGGACACGAACCGGGCCAGCAUCAUCUUCAAGGACCUCGAGGGCGGCUCGGCCUUUGUGCUGUUCCUGGUCACGUUCCCCAUCCUGGUCACGUCCGUGGUCACCGGCUGGCCCGGCCCGCGGCCCGAGCCCUUUGGCAUCGGCGACUGGCGCGUCAAGAAGAGCAUCAUCAUCGCCAGCGGCGCCCUGCUCGGCGUCGGCGCCGCCAUCCGCCUCUCGGCCCUGGUCACCCCCGAGGCCCCGGGAGAGCACAACCCCAUCUUCAGCCGCGCGAGCUUCUACACCACGCAGUACAUGCUCGAGAUCUUCGUCGUGGCCCUGUACGCCGCCGCCCGCGUCGACCUGCUCUUCUGGGUCCCCAACGGCAGCUCCAAGCCCGGCGACUACUCUGGCCGCAACAAGGCCCCCGACGGCGAGAAGGGCGGGGGCGGCGCCGCCCUCGUGCUCCGCGACGACGUCGAGGCCGCGCUGGACCGCCUCGACGCCCCCUACGAGAUCCUGCGCCACCCGCCGCCGCUCGAGACCCCCGGCCUCCCGCCCGGCCGCGACGUCGUCUGGGCCCUCGUGUCGGUCGACAAGCCCGAGGGCGCCGGCAAGCGAGGCAGCACCAGCGGCAUGCGGGGCGGCAACGUCGUCGACGAGGACUCGCUCAAGGGGCCGAGGGUCGUCCGCGUCUUUGCCGACGGCGACUCCACCACCGACAGCGACGAGUACUACUCGCCCAGCCACCGGGCGCCGCGACCCGCCUGGGCGCCCAUGUCCCCGGCGCAGCAUCGCGCAAGAGCCGCCGGCGACGCGGACCACGAGGUGUUCCCCGACGAGCUGCCGCAGCGCCCCAUGCGCGUGUCGCGGCGCGCCUCGGUGCUCGACGCCAUCAGGCCGCGCAUCAUGCGCGCCCGGCACGAGGAGCAGCAGCGCGCCGCCGUGGCGGCCAUGGCCACGGCCGCCGCCGGCGAUGCUGGCAUCCCCGUCCCGCCGUCCCCCGUUUGGUCCUCGUCGCCCGACCGGCCGAGCUACGUGUCGUUCGGCGAGGAGGAGGACGAGUUCUACAGGCGAGCCGUCAUUCGGGAGACCAUCCCCGUGUACUUUCCAGAGGAGGAGAGGAGCUCUGCGUCCUUCAUGUCAAAGGAUUAG